UGGGGCGCUGGGGGGCGCGGGAGCGGGGCCGCCAUGGGCUGCGGGGCCGCGCGAGCGCUCGCCUCCGUCCUCUGCCUCCGCAGGAACGCCGCGAUGGCUGCGCAGGGAGAGCCCCAGGUCCAGUUCAAACUUGUAUUGGUUGGUGAUGGUGGUACUGGGAAAACGACCUUCGUGAAACGUCAUUUGUCUGGUGAAUUUGAGAAGAAAUAUGUAGCCACCUUGGGUGUUGAGGUUCAUCCCUUAGUGUUCCACACCAACAGAGGACCUAUUAAGUUCAAUGUAUGGGACACAGCCGGCCAGGAAAAAUUCGGUGGACUGAGAGAUGGCUAUUAUAUCCAAGCCCAGUGUGCCAUCAUAAUGUUUGAUGUAACAUCGAGAGUUACUUACAAGAAUGUGCCUAACUGGCAUAGAGAUCUGGUACGAGUGUGUGAAAACAUCCCCAUUGUGUUGUGUGGCAACAAAGUGGAUAUUAAAGACAGGAAAGUGAAGGCAAAAUCCAUUGUCUUCCACCGAAAGAAGAAUCUUCAGUACUACGACAUUUCUGCCAAAAGUAACUACAACUUUGAAAAGCCUUUCCUCUGGCUUGCUAGGAAGCUCAUUGGAGACCCUAACUUGGAAUUUGUUGCCAUGCCUGCUCUCGCCCCACCGGAAGUUGUCAUGGACCCAGCUUUGGCAGCACAGUAUGAGCACGACUUAGAGGUUGCUCAGACAACUGCUCUCCCGGACGAGGAUGAUGACCUGUGAGAAUGAAGCUGGAGCCCAGCGUCAGAAGUCUAGUUUUAUAGGCAGCUGUCCUGUGAUGUCAGCGGUGCAGCGUGUGUGCCACCUCAUUAUUAUCUAGCUAAGCGGAACAUGUGCUUCAUCUGUGGGAUGCUGAAGGAGAUGAGUGGGCUUCGGAGUGAAUGUGGCAGUUUAAAAAAUACCUUCAUUGUUUGGACCUGCAUAUUUAGCUGUUUUGGAACGCAGUUGAUUCCUUGAGUUUCAAAUAUAAGACUGCUACAGUCACAUCACAAUAUUCAGUGGUGAAAUCUUGUUUGUUACUGUCAUUCCCAUUCCUUUUCGUUUAGAAUCAGAAUAAAGUUGUAUUUCAAAUAUC